GAUCCGAGGCUAGGAACCAAGACUACGUGGCCGGCCAGCUAGCUAUAGCUGCUGCGAUCCAAGGAAUUUACCGCUUUGACUUUUGAGUUUAGCGGUCGAAAUUGGUUUCUUAUUUGAAGGUCACUCACUUGAUAUCGAUCCAAUGCAGAAGUCAUCUAAUGCUGGGAACGGAGCAGAGAGUAACACGACAGCUAACAUGGCACUGUCGUCUAGAUCUGCGAAUGAGGGAAGGGCACCUUUGCUGGGGCAGUUCGUGAAGAUUACAGUGGUCGUGACGGCUUACUGGUUUAUUUCAAUUUCCUUGGUGUUUCUCAAUAAGUACCUACUCAGCAGCGAAGAUCUGAAGCUGGAUGCACCACUGUUUGUUACUUUCUUUCAGUGUUCCGUCACAACUGUAAUAUGUAUAGUGUUAAGCAUUAUUAGUACCAUAGCACCAAAUGUCAUCUCUUUUCCAUCCAUCAAAUUUGACUACAAGGUGACCAGAGAGGUGAUGCCUCUGUCAAUCUUCUUUGUUGGGAUGAUUACAUUGAACAACCUUUGUCUAAAGCAUGUCGGCGUAGCAUUCUACAACAUCGGCCGCUCACUUUCAACAGUAUUCAAUGUGAUCUUGUCGUACGUUUUCCUAAAGCAAACCACAUCGCUACGAGCUUUGGUGUGCUGCUGUGUAAUCAUCGGGGGCUUCGUACUUGGGGUUAAAGAAGAGGAUAGUGCAGGUGUGUUAUCCUACACAGGAGUGAUCUACGGUAUCUUGGCUAGCCUCUUCGUCAGCCUCAACGCCAUCUUCACCAAGAAGACUCUGUACGUGGUGGAGGACAACAUCUGGCGUCUCAUGUUCUACAACAACAUCAACGCCAUCCUGCUCUUCAUCCCGCUUGUUUACAUCACAGGCGAGUUCAGCGUGGUGUGGAACUUCCCUCAUCUGUACAAUGGCCACUUCUGGGCUCUCUUGACCAUCAGCGGAGUAUUCGGAUUCAUGAUCGGGUUCGUGACGGGACUCCAAAUUAAGGUGACCAGCCCGCUCACCCACAACAUCAGCGGGACGGCCAAGGCAUGCGCCCAAACCAUCCUGGCUGUGACGUACUUUCAGGAUGUGAAGACCGCCCUCUGGUGGUUCAGUAACUUCAUGGUUCUGGGUGGAUCGGGGCUGUACAGUCAUGUCCGCCGGCAGGAGAUGGUGAAGGAACACAACGCUAACUUGAAAGCUGAGGCACAAGAUGCAAAGGCAAAUGGUCCAAAUAAGUCCGUCAAAAUUACCGUUUAGAUGCAGCUGAAAAGUUGGUGACCCUGUUUAAGCUCAAGAAUUUUUUAAUUUUUGUUGUUCAUCCCAAAUUGUUUGAAAUAUGCCCAGUCAGUUUCCCUUGUGGAUUAUUACUUGAUAUUAAGUAGGAACAGUAAUAUUAUCGUCUUCAGGCAAUCUCCUUACACCAAUACUGCUUCCGUACCUUGUACAGAAAACUGGGUGCAAUCCCUGGCUAUACAAAAGUUGUAUACAGUUAUAUGACUUUUGACUGGUGCCCAACAAACAAAGAUAGCGAUAAAAUUAAUGGGGAGACCGCCAUAAUAGGGCUAGAUAGUCCUGCUGGUAGAGCACCAAUAUUUAAACCUGCCGGGGUAAGUUUGUCUUUGUUUAUCAAGAUUUGAAAUCUGUUUGAAAUCAUUUUGCAGUUGCUUUUGCUUUAUAAAAAAACUUUUAAAGCAUUCAUUAAUUUUCAAACAUUGAAAGAUUUUGUCACUCAUCGACCUCAAGUAUCUCUGUUAGAAAAUUGUACUUAAUUUGGCUUUUGUUCUUUAACAUUAUGUGGAAGAAAAUGUUUUGUUACCUUUUUUGUUUAGAGACUUUAGAUUUUAAACAGACUAUAAUGAUGUCUCAAGCAGUAGUGGUUUUACUGCUUUAAAACAAAACAUGUAUUCGUAAAUAUUUAAUUUUGUUUCUUAGGCAACAGGGUAUUCUGGAAAAGGUCCCAUUCGUUUGUGUGAUGCUGCAUCAGUUUUUUGGGCGUUAAACAAAGAAGUAUUGACUAGAGCGGGAAUCGAACCUGCCCCUCUGCUUUUACGUGCCAUGCUCUACCAACUGAGCUAUCUUGCAGUUGGUGGUCUCUUUAUAUUAUCUUUGUUCAGGGGAAUGGUUGCAUGGGUUCUGACUGCCACACCCACCAAAGAUAUUGACAAAAUAUGGAGACUGCCAUCACAUAGGGCUUGAUAGCAGUUGGUAGAGCGCUGGCAUGUUAAACCAGAGGUCGCAGGUUCAAGUCCGCUCUAGUCAAUAUUUGUCUUUGUUUAACCACAAAACAUUAAUACUUUACCCAGUCAGUUUCCCACGUGGUGUAUUGCUUGACAGUAAGAAGUUGUGUCAGACAGAUAUGCAAUUUGCAGUGGCAAAACAAAGGGGCAGGAAAAUGCUCUUGACACAAUGUUUGUUGGCAAAAAAAAGGGGCAGGAAAAUGCUCUUGACACAUUAUUUGUAAAGUGCUUUUCAAUUUUCUACGGAACAUAAACCCUGAGAAAUGAAAAACUAAAAGAGAAAAUCAUCUGAUCCGCUGAGAAGAUGCGUGUCUGGUAAGAUUUUUUAGGCACAUCUUUGAUAUAAAUUUUAAAGGUAAACUUUAAAAGACCCACCAUACAGUUUAGGGUAAUAUUUUUGUAGUUUAAACAAAUUAUAUUUUCUGUGAUGUAAAUAUUCAGUAUUUUACAUUCCAAUUUUUCGUUUUUUUUUUAAAUAGUUUGUAAGAUUUUGUUUAGUUCUUAUAGAGGGGUGUUUUCAUUUUGAAAGCUAUUUAUUAACGAGUUUUAAUAAGUUAUUUUUGGGGAGGCCAUAAAGACUCAUAACGAAUGACAUUAUUGUCUGCCAACGUUUGUCACAUCGGUCCAUGAACAGACCCUUUAUAUAUUUUUUGUUGUAAUACAAACAAACAAAAGAACUGUGGCCUGGCGGCCCAAAAAUGUUUCAUUCUCAAAGCAUCCACAAGGCAGUGUUAUUCUCCAUGUUUGAGAAAAUAAUGGACUUUAAUUAAUGAACCUUGAGUGAGAUGACGACAAUAGUCCAAUUUCAGGAAAAAACCCAUGCAAUCAGGUAGGGCUUGAAAACCCAAUCCACGUAUUUGUGAUUAGAAUCGGGGUCCUGGAGGCAGAAGGCAAGGAAAGAUAACACUACGCCAACCCGACCACCUUGAGUGUAACGAUCUAGCAUUAUCAACAACAAAACUUUCAUUUGUCGAUUCCAUUUCCAACUAAACUCUCACAAUAAUUGGGCCAUAAAUGACUUCAAGUUUUCUGCCUAAAAAUAUGUUGGUCCUUUUCCUUGCAUAUGACUGUAGUUAAAGGAACACGUUGCCUUGGAUCGGACGAGUUGGUCUAUAACUGAGCAUUUGUAACCGUUUUUUAUAA